UAGUCAAUUUCGAAUUGUUGUUUUGUACGUUGGUGUUGAUCUGCCUGCAGCUAGAUUUUUUUUUCGUAAAAUUGCCGAAUAUGUUUUAAAUGUCAGGUGAUUUUUUUUCAAAACGUAAAUGACCGGUUACAGUUAUAUGCGGGAUACAUGUUUAUUAUUCGAUGUGAAAAGAAUAACCCAUCGUGCAUAUUUUGGCCAAAAUACUUGAAGAGAUAUGUGAAUCAAUCAAAUAAUUUCGAUGUAAAAUUUGAAAUAUCAGUCGUUUCCAAAUGAGAACAAAGAAUUUUUUGCUUACGUUGGGAGGCGUACUGAGUUUGAGCUUAAUUUUUGUCAUUUUUGGUCAAGAGAAGACUGAAUACAUAGUGACAACUACAAAUAAACAAAUUCGGACUUUCAAGGAUAAUCUGCUCGACGCAGAAACAAAAACGCUAAAUGCGGAUGAGAAGUACUUGCACCUUUUGGGCUUCGUGGAGAGGCCAAAACUUUUUCCAAAUGAUGUCUGGAGGAAUACUUCUCUGCCUGUCAUCGUUACUUAUGUGAGAGACGGACUGGAGAGCCAAGCGAUAGGGCUCAUAAUCAAUGUGGCAAAAAUCAUACCAAAUAAUACCAUUUUAGUUUACAAUUUAGGAUUAAGUGACCAAGGAUACAAAACGCUCACAAAUUACUGCAACAGCACAAGAUGCCAAGUGAUAACUUUCGACUUAUCGUUAUUCCCGUCUCACGUUAACGAAGUGAUCCAUGCUUACCGACCACUUAUUAUACAGGACGCGCUCCACCACACCGGAGCCAUUUUCUUCCUGGAAUCGAACUACCGACUGCUGAGGAACAUCUCGCAGAACGUGCUCGCCAGACUGUACGACGAUCGAGCCAAAGAGACGGGCGUCCUCGCCCUGCCCUUCGACUUGAAGAACCCCGUCUCGAGCCUGACCCACAAGAAGAUGUUCGAGUACUUCCGAACGGACGCCGAGAACUUUCUGUUUCUGCAGAUGGUCAAGGCGGACGUUCUGCUCCUCGUCAACACCGAGCGGGUGCAUCGGAGCGUGAUGCUGCCUUGGGUGCAGUGUGCCCUCACGCAGGAUUGCAUCAUGCCGAUCGGGGCCCAGUCGGCUGGCUGCAGGUUUGACAAGAAGCCGCAGUACAGGUACUCAGGUUGUCACAGCUACGACACAUCAGCACUGAACAUAGUCCUGGGGCUGACUUUCAAGCAGAACACCAGUCAGUACACUUACAGCGACUCCGUGAAUUUCUUCGAAACAGUACCCCCCGACAAAGCUGCGGCCAUGUUGAGGGAGCUCGAACAAAAUUCUACGGCGGAAGCGCGGACCGUAUUCAGUGAAUGAAGUUAACUUCAUUGCGGAAAGUUCUCGAUCGAACCAUUUUCAUUGCUCAAAAUUUCUGGCUCUGCUUGCGCCAAGACGAGUUUCAAUGUUACGAUGAUUUAUUCAUUAUUCAAAUCAAUUUAUGACCGGCAAUUUUUCACGGUGACUCGUUGGUGUAGAUGGCGGAGGUUGGGGGUCCCAUGGAGGAACCUUGAGGUACUUCUUUUUCGGUUCGUUAGAUGGGGUGGCUUAGGCUGAGAUUUUCAGAAGUUAUUCGGUAAAGUAACAGGUUCUCGUGUCUGAAGUGUUUUUUUGGAAGAUGUAACGAAAAGAUUCGCUACAUUCUGUUUGUACUGUUUAUAAAAUACAGGGCGUCGAUGUUGACUGUGUCAUUUUUAGGCCAUCUUUAUUUAAAAAUCUACGGUGUUGAUAUUAUACAAAUAGAAUACAAAAUUUUCUUGGGUAUUGAAGAGAUUGACAAAUCGGGAUCUACUUUGAAACAUUAUACAUUUUCUAUUAUAUUUAUACAAUUUUAAUUAUUAUAUUUAAACCAUAUACAUCAAGCUUGAACUGUGAUAUAAGGCUCAUCAUAAAUGAAUUUAUAACAUUUUUGAUUAUUUUUUUGUACAUUUUUAAUAUUAUUUUUCAGUUUAGAUACAUUUUAUAUUUAUAUUACGAAAAAAAAGGUUUAUCUGACAUCGUUUAAACGAAAGUGGAUUCGAUGUCAUUCGAUUUUCGUUGGAGUUACUCUGUAAAUUAAAAAAAAAAAAAUGGUCUUUCGAGCCAGAUCAAUAUUGUAUUUAUUGAUAUCAUUACGUUUGGUCACAAAUUUAUUACUGCCAGUUGUCAAAUACGUGAAUACUUGAUACAGAAUUCUUUAUAAAGUAUCAACAGCACAGGAAACGGGACUUUGUAGAUCGGAAUGUAAAGUAUAAUGUGUACGCGAGAAGCAUCAAAGAAAAUCAGUUAUUUUUGGCCUAGAAAUGACAUGACAAACACCUUGUAUUUCAGAUCAGUUAGACAAGACAUUUUGAGAGAUUAUUCAUUCAUUAUCGUAUAUUUUAAUUGAUUUCUUUAUACUCUUUCGUUGAAAAAUGUAAUUUAACUAUAAUAUAUUUGAGAGAGAAUUAUUUUUUUAAUCGAUUGCAGAUGAAUUACAUAUCAGUGCUUUGUAUAAUUACUUAUCGGUUGUUUGUGUUUACAAAAGUAUAAGUUCUGUGAUAGUUUGGAGCUUUGAGAGCUGUCGAUUUCUUUGGUGCAAGUAGAGCCAUGUUUCAACAUUCCCAGUAUUAUUUGCCCAGUAGUUAGUACUUUUAGGCAGUAAGACAGUUUUCUGCAACUGAAUUCAGGCUACUAACUGUGUUGAGAUAUACUUGGUGAGUAUUUUUCCAACUCGUUCUUUUCAGUACCUUCGAAAUUUUCAUUGACAAUUCUCCCGUCAUUGUUGAAUUAUUUUCUAAUAACUUUCACUUAAUUAUUUCAAUUUGGAGGCAGGAAACUUUCAAAAACAGAAAAAGUAUAUGCUUUGUAACGCACGUGAAAAAAAAGUCCCAUUCGAACGCAACAACUACCUUAGGUUGUAUAUAAUGAAGAAUAUUUCUUUUGUUCCUUCGUGUAGAAUUUUGCUCUUCGUAUGAAAAUUUAAAAGCAAACUGUUUACAAAUUACUAGAGAACUAACUAGCCUAUCUUUUUGUUUUAUACAAACAGUCGCAAUUGUCAGAUGUCUGAUUGAAAAUAACUUUUUAGCGACUUGAGAAAAGCAGGAUUGCCAUCUUCUUUGCUAGACGUAGGCAGCUAAUGGGAGUUCUGUCAAUGUUGCCAACCUAUGGUUUUUCUUGUAAAAAAUUCGACGAUUUUUAAGUGUACAACUUGCGUUGUUUCAUAAUUUUCAAGUUCCAGCUGUGAUUAUUUCAGAAAUUCAAGUGUUAUUAUAAUUAGUUAUGGUUAUCAGAUACGUAAAGGCAAGGAAGCAUUCCUAUUGUUUCGGGUGCUGACCUCUCUUGGUCGAUUAUAGAACUACUUUUAAGUAGUUCUCUUUUCGGACAAGAGAUGUCACUAUUAGACACAACAAAAACUAUAUCCACUCAUCGUUCUUGAACACAGUUUGCUGCAGUUACAUACAUAAAUGUUGUUUACGUAUCAAAAUAAAUAGAGGAAAGCAACUGCCACCACCAAUAUUGCACUAGAAAUGCCACUAAUUCAAUUGUAUCAUCUAUUUUAUAUCACUGUAACCAUUUCCUGAGUUUUCAAGGUCCUAGUAUUAUACUCAACUCGCUAUUUUCUAAUUUAAUAUGUAUUUAAUUAUUUAAAACAUGAAUCAAAAAGUGAAAAAUUUACGAGCGAAAUUCAAAUUUGUAAAGUGCCCCACCAUAGGUCGAAAUGAAACGUGACGUCAUACGGCAUGUCCUGUCAGUCACCUGUGAUUUAUUUUCAUACAUUCAGGUUGUGUUGGAGAGAAAAAUUGGUUGUAUUGCUAUUCUAGCUUAGUUUUCUAAUAUUUUAAUGUCAAGAAAUACUGAGCGUCAUCAACAGCAAUGACGGACAACGGUUUUGUGAAAGCACAGUCGAAUAAUCUUCCAAAAAUAGAUGCAUUCAUGAUGACCACAUAUUUUGCGUCAAACCCGGAUUUUGCAUCUGCUGAGGUUAAGGGAGUAAAAGCUGCAAGGGAAUUAUUGUAAAACAUGGUAUUUUUAAUCUAGUAAAUCUGUUUUUAUGCAUACACGCACUUAUAAAAUUAUUUCCCUCAAUAUAACCUCAAAUGUUGUUUACAUUCAUUGUUUGACAUACGUAAAUAAGGUUAUGGACUUUAAGGUUAUGAAACUUUAUCUGGUGUACUGUUUAUAGUGUUCGGACACAUUGGUACCAUGCAGUAUCUAUAAAAUGGCUUUUUUUCUUCUUCCAUGAUUAUUACGCGAUAUUUAAACUAAAACACCUUGUUAACUAUCAAACUAACUCUCAAUGUAAACAAUAAACUGACAGGACGUGCCCUAUGACGUCACGCCACAAGCGCGCGAGAAAUAGGAGCGUUUGAACUUGUCAAAGUAAACCAAUAUUUUUAAGAUUUUAUGAAAAAAUAAUUACUACUCUUACAGCUAUGUUUUUUUUCUAUAUCAAAAUGAAGUGAAUAUUGAAUAAAAAAAAUAAAAAAUUGUCUGCAUAUUCCCUAUUCAAAUCUUUUUUUUUAUAUAUUCACUUUGAAUUUUCUCUUUUUCUAUUAUUAAUCACCAUUGCUUCUCACUCGGACACAUUUGGCCAGGCUCCACCUGUCAAGGUUAACGGGAGCUUCGUCAGGGGGCGCAGCGAUCUUGCUCGAAGCAAUGGUGACACCCAAAUUUUUUUGUCGAACGUUUUCUGUUAUAACAACACAAAUUUAGUUUUUUGUAAAGUCGCCUCCUUCUCAGGAGACGUUUUGUAUUUUUUUUGUUUACACAUACGUGGUUAGCCGAACCACUCCGGCCUGGGUACCGGCGUGAAUAAAGGGGGACCCUUUUUCUUCACUUUCCAUGAAGUGGGUCUAUAAAACAAAUGAAUUCAUUUAUUUUUCUUCUCUAAAUGAACUAACAAAAGUUUCCAAAGCACAGAUUGAUCUUAUACCUAUCUGAUAAUCAUACCAAAUGAAACGUAAUACCUGGAUUUGGAAAAUAAUGACGAUUCACAGUUAAUAAACUUGAUUGAAGCAGAUUGGUCGAGGUAACCUAUGAAAAUUGAAUAUUUUUUGCUCCAAUGCUUCGAAAAUUACGAACUGAUGGAAAAUAUAAUUGAUAUUACUUCACUGUUAUAUUUACUUUCAAUGAGAGUUGCAGUUGUCGAAUUUUGUUUCUGAUAUUGGCUUCAUUGAGAAAACUCUUUUGUUGAAAUAUUUGAAGUCAUCGGCAAAGCUUUCGACAUUGUACCACGUCAUGGCCUGCUGUGAAAGUAUUGCUAUUUAAGAGAGCACAUCUCAUUUCCUGGUGGAGGACAAACUUUUCAGGUAGAGAUGCCGUUAAAAAGCAGGGACCACUAGAUGGAGAAUUUAUGUCUGUAGCAACAAUGAAAAUGUUAUUAUUAUUAGUUUUUGCCGAGCUUGCUGUUUUCGAAAGGCUUUGUUAAUGAGGGGGGGUUCCAAUCAGAAUCUGUGUGAUAAUUAGAGUCGAUAAGAUAAAUGCGAUCGGAGGUUCUAGGUUUAGGUUUUUAUAUAGCUUUCCAAUAUUUUUAUUAGUGCAUGUAACUAAUUCCUUCUAGUAAGCUGUAAAGUGAGAUGUUUGGACUGGGAAUUGAUAAUAGCAUUGUAGUAAUUUUAUGUGAUACAUCAACAUACAAACAAAACGUACCAUGCCUGCUAAAAAGAACUGUGAAUUGUUUCAGUUGCUUCAUAGAAAAUAUCACAAUAAUACUCACAAUUUCUCAAAUACAAAGUAUAGUCUAUACAAAGUCAAUCCGAACAGCUAAAUGAAAGACUAAUGUACCGGGUGUGGUAAUUUUACUAGUUAAUACCAUAUAAAACCUACAUAAAAAUAAUGAUAAGACCUCGUAUAAAUACCGCGCCGCCCAUGCCAUAAAAAGAAACUGCCGACGUUCGGUAACUAUUUAGUUUUUAUGCCAUUCGAAUUGACUUCGUAUAUACUAUACUAUUUGCUAUCAGUCGAUCUUAGUUUAGGUUUUUUUUUGGAAAACACUAUUCAGUUGAAAAAAAAAUUAACUCAUGUCACUUGGAAACGAAACCAAUAUAUUAUGGAACAGAUACUUUCCUGACUAAUACCGAGGCUGAAAUUGAAAGUUACCGUAUACAGGGUCGAAAACAAAUGAACUGUGCAUCGCACGUGAUCAAAUUCUAAUUGCCCUGCUUGAAUUUUGUAAAAAACACACUUCAAUGAUAAUAAUAAGCCACUUCAAAGAAAAUGGUAGGUUUUCCAAGUUAAAAGUGUUAAUUUCAUCAACUGUGAGGUAUGAUGUGACAAAUAACUAUAUGUUUUUUUUAUUUUGUGUCAAAAGCGAUUUUGAUUUCAAAAUUUAUUUACUGGAGAAAGUUUCAGGAAGUCAAUCUUCAAUAUUUUUCUUGAAUAAUAUUUUUAAGGUAUUAUUUCUCCCAUUCUUUUUUUGUUGCUAAUCAUUUCCAAUGCAGUACUGGCAAAGAAAUUUAAAAAAAAAAUAAUUGUUACUUUGAAUGUCAGUAGCUCUUCAGUGGAUAAUUUGACAACUUCCAAGCAUUCAAAAAUCAACGAAUUUAUACAGAAUACUCAAAAAAUUGAAACGGUUUGUAAUACCACAGAGAGGUUCAAUUUAAUGAAUUCACAUAAAACAUCACGUUGAACCUCGCACUUAUUUUCAAAUGAAUAUUAUUCAAUAUCCGUCGAGGUAUCAACCAAGUUCUAUGUUUAAUGUAUAUCGCUUCAUAUAAUUAACCGAAGGUAAAAUAUUUAUUUUCUCAGGAAACCAGACGUUUAUGAACUAUUGAUACGGUUCGAGUUCAAGAUUAUGUUUGUAGGGCUUGUAAGUUGAUAGAUAGAUGUUGAUAGAACCUCUUUUUGUUCCAAAGGUGGUUUUUUUACGAGGCGUGAACCAAAUAGUGAUUUUGAACGGAAGUAAUUUUAAGAUUUACGCACCUGUACAUAGCAUCGCACUAUUUAUUUUUAAAAUUAAAGUAGCCUUUCAGAAAGAUUUUUAAAUAAUUGUAGUGAACGUGCCAUUUUUUGUGUACUUCCAUCGCCCCGUUGGUACUAGCGUUAGACAGCUUUUUAUCUUUUUAAGGUUUCAUUUUAUACUCCUAAAAACGUACCAAACAAGCAUUUUUUUAUAUCGUCAAUGAAAUUGAUGAAUAUUUUGUACAUAAUCAUUAGCGUAACAAUAAAACUGAUAAACAGUA